GGCCAAGGCGGAAGUAGCGUGAGGCGCGUGGGCGGAGCUAAGCGCUGUCAUGUCGGCGGCCUUGCUGCGGCGGGGCCUGGAGCUGCUGGCGGCGUCCGAGGCCCCCCGGGACGCGCCAGGCCAGACCAAGCCGAGAGGGCUCGGUCCGGUGAAGCGGGCCCGGAAGGCGAAGGCGACCCAGGGCCCCAAAUUGCGGAACUCGGCUAAGGGAAAGGUGCCCAAGUCGGCGCUGGCUGAGUAUCGAAAGCGAGCAUGUCGAGACCACCUCAGAAUAAACCUGAAGUUUAUGACCAGUGCAAGAAACACAUUGGCUGAGUCUGUGACCCAGCAGAUUCUGUGUCAGAACCAAGGCCGCAAGGCCUGUGACCAGCCUGCAGCCAAGACUAAGAAGAAGAAGGCGGCCGAGGGCACCGUGUUCACUGAGGAGGACUUCCAGAGGUUCCAGCAGGAAUACUUCGGUAGCUAGGCUCCCUGGAGGGCACAGUGGGAGGGGCACUCAGGCCCCACCUCCUGACUUCCCCACCUCUGCUGGCCCCAGGACCCCCGCAUGCACCCAUGCACUGGCCAGCAAUUCCAGAACUGCCUGGCUCAAGGAAACCCCAGAACUGGUGAGCUGGAAACCCUGGGAAGGAUUUUUACUCUGACUGGAGCUGACUUCUGCAGGCUUGGGAGUAGCCAUUUGCACCUGCCAGAAAGGAACUUUUCUGUUUUGUUUGCCUUUGCUCGGGUAGUGCCUCUGUUAUGGAACAAAGCGAGUUACUGGGCCCCCGGUACCACACCUCCAGGAGUAGGAAGGAGGCUGCCAGGUGGGCUUCUGGGUUUUAAUAAAUGUGGACUCAAGAGUUA